AUGUCUGAUCGCAUACCUCCCCUUCCAAGAGACCAGUUGAACCCGGAUCAACAAGCCUUCCAAGACCACUUCAUCGCAAGCGUCCAACGCAUCGCACCACAUCCAGGAGCUGCCGACAGAGCUAGCAAAACAGUUUUCCCAGUCCUCGCUGUUCUCCCCAAAGCAGGCCAGCACUCUGUAGACCUGCUCGUGGACCUCGAAGAAGAAACCAAAGGAUACCUACCCAAAGAUGCCGCAGAAACAGUCUCCUUGCUCACAACAACCUAUUUCAAAUCAGAUUAUGUCACGCACGUCCAUAAAACGAUGGAUGUCACGCUUGGCAUCUUGACACAAGCACAGGCUGAUGCGAUUACUGCCGGCAAGAAACCUGAGGACCUGAACGAGCAUUGCAGUCUUGCUUAUGACGCUGCUUGGCAUUUGCUAGAUACCAGAGGUCCGUUUCCGAAGGAGCUGUAUGAAAAGUGUGUGCAGGCUUUCAAGCUUGAAGGCACGGUUGGACUGGUGCAUUUCGUUGCGCUUCUGACGUGGACUGCACUCGGUCUGAAUGUUGCGAAUGUUCCUGUGCCGAAGGGACCACCGCCGAGCUGAGGAGGCCUUUCAAGGCUUGCCAGGCAAGAUAUUUGGAGCUUCACAGUGGAAUGAUCACUGCUGCAUACAUAAGUUGCAUGCACGCAUGGCGACUGUACUCAGAGCCAAGGCGUUUUGCGCAAGCGGUGUUGCGUUGUACGGGCCGAAAGGAUCUGCAGUGGGCGCCUAUCCAAAGCACAUGCAGGGGUAUAUCAGAAACAUCACGAAAAGCAGUAAAUUGUCUGAUCCACUAAGCGAAGCGACACCACACGACAGCCACGCGAUAGCUAUGUAUUUCUUGGCAUCAAUCUAUACAACUCGUUCGCCUCCG